CUUCACCCGACAGAACGAAUUUGACACUUGCGAUUUUUGGGUGAGUGAUGGUUUAGUUUUCAAAAUUUCCUCCUAAAUUAUUUUUCCUUUUCGGAUCGUUAAGAGUAAAUUCGUCUUAGGUUUAAGUUUCCUUACUCGCGCGCGUUUCGUAUUUUAAGUUUUCUCGCGCGUUGAAACCCGUUCGUCAGACCUCGAUCGCCCUCCUGUUUUUCUAAUUUCACAAUAUUGAACGACUUUCCGUUACAAAACGAUGUCUAAUUGGAACCAAGAUUACUACGCGAACCAGAAUUACCCAGGGAACACAUACCACAACCGUUUUUAUAACAACACCCCAGAACAACCAAGCUACAACAAUUCUUAUUCUGCCGGAAAUUACGUUCCACCAGCUCAAGCUAUGAGCGCCCCGGGCGGUUCCCAAAUCGACGUUUUACGAUCCAAUUUACAUCCCACCGCUGCCGAAUUCAAACCUAGACAAUACCACAAUCCAGAUGGUGUACAGAGUGUUCAGAACACACAAAAUGUUCAGAGUACUUCUGGGACUGUUAAGAAACCUCAAAAAUAUAGGAAUAAUAAAAAGAAUUAUUACAAUAACGGGUAUAGGAGAGGAGGAGAUGAUGACUACGAAAAUGGGGGAUCUGAAAAUAAAGGAGAAGCACAAAGCGUAGAUGGUAGAGACGUUAAGGAGGAGAAUUUCAGUGGUCGAGAUAGAAACGAUAAAUAUUAUAAAGGGUAUCAAAAUCGAAGUAAUAAUUGGUAUGAUAAUAAGGGUGGUAGUGAUAAUAAUAGGAGUGAUUAUAAGAAAAAAUGGGGUGGUAGGAAUAAUUAUAAUAAUAGCAAAUUUAAUAAAAGAAAUGAUAAUAGUUCAGAAGUUAAUUGGAGGGAGAAAAAGGAUUUCAAUAAAGACCCAAAAGAAAAGAGGGGACAAAAAUAUCAAAACGUACAAUCAAAUCAACGUGAACGUCUUCAAGAUCAAUUAGAACGUAAUCAAUUAGAAUGUAUGGUCUGUUGCGAACGCUUACGAAAUACAGAUCCCGUUUGGUCCUGCAAACAAUGUUACAACGUCCUCCACUUAAAAUGUAUAAAACAAUGGGCGAACACCUCCAAACUAGAAUCUGGUUGGAGAUGCCCCGCUUGUCAAAACAUAUAUCCAACGAUUCCCGAAGAAUAUUACUGUUACUGCGAAAAAAUACUUAACCCAAAAUACGAACCAGGCAUGACGCCUCACAGUUGCGGGGAAAUUUGUCAAAGAAAAGGUCGUUUUUGCGAGCACGCUUGUACGUUAUUGUGUCAUCCGGGACCUUGCCCCGAAUGCACCGUUUCCGUUGCAAAACCGUGCGGGUGUGGACGUACAAAAGCGACGGUUGCGUGUAACGCUGAUACUCCCGUUACUUGUCAAAGUAAAUGUGAGAAAUUAUUAAACUGUGGACUGCAUAAAUGCGAGAAAAAUUGUCACGCGGGCGAUUGCUCCCCUUGUACCAAGUAUGUAAAACAAGAAUGUUACUGCGGAAAAGUGGGAAGAACCGUAAUUUGUACCGAAGAAGUUAAAAAUGUCGAUAAAUACGAAUGCGACGAUGUUUGUGGGAAAAUGUUAGCGUGUGGGAAUCAUAAAUGUAUGUUGAUUUGUCAUUCGGGAAGUUGCCCACCGUGCGAAACAAGUCCAGAUGUGGUUACAACUUGUUAUUGCGGACAAACAAAAUUGGCGGUCGUCCGAGAAUCAUGCUUCGAUCCCAUUCCAUCGUGCGAAAAGAUUUGCAAUAAAAUUUUGAAGUGUGGCCAACCUUCACAACCGCAUCGUUGCCAAGAAAAGUGUCACAAAGGUGAAUGCCCAGAUUGUUCUCUAACUACAAUGGUUCGAUGUAGAUGUGGUUAUAUGGAUAAGGAAAUUGCUUGUUCUGAGUUAACUACUAAAGCUGAUGAUGCUAGAUGCCAAAAGAAAUGCACAAAAAUGCGUCUUUGUUGUAAACACAAAUGCAACCAAUUUUGUUGUAUAGAAAUUGAACAUCGCUGCUCGUUAAUUUGUAAUCGAGCUUUAUCUUGCGGAAUCCACCGCUGCGAACAAGAGUGUCAUCGUGGUCGUUGCUUGCCGUGUCCCCGGAUGAGUUUUGAGGAGCUCUUUUGCGAAUGCGGUGCUUGCGUUACUUACCCCCCGAUAGCUUGUGGUACUCGCCCCCCAGAUUGUAACCAACCAUGUUCGAGGCGAAGAGAAUGUGGACAUGAUCCCGGUCAUAAAUGCCAUAUUGGCCCAUGCCCCCCAUGUACUGUUUUAUGUAAACGAUGGUGUCAUGGUAAACAUGAACAGAGAUCAACGAUAUUGUGUUAUCAAGAUGAAUUUAGUUGUGGAUUACCGUGUGGAAAAGAUUUACCAUGUGGUCAACACAAAUGCAUCCAACCUUGCCACACUAAUUCUUGUCCAUUACCUUGUACCCAACCGUGUACAAAACCAAGAGUCGGAUGCGACCAUCCUUGUGCAGCUCCAUGUCACAAAGAUGCUCCUUGCCCCGACACUCCAUGCAAACAAAUAGUAAAAGUUACUUGUGAAUGUGGGUUGCGUUCGAGUACUCGAGUUUGUAUGGAUUUGGCCGGAGAAUAUCAAUCGAUUACAAUGAAACAACUCGCCUCUAAAAUGGCCGAUAUCCAAAAGGGGCAAACGGUUGAUUUAAGUGAUAUAGUCGGGGGGCAAAAGAAAAAUGUUACACCAAAAACUUUGGAAUGUACUGAAGAAUGUCGCGUAGUCGAACGUAAUCGUCGUUUAGCAAUAGGUUUACAAAUUCGUAAUCCCGAUCUUUCCGCAAAAUUAACCCCGAGAUAUUCCGAUUUUAUGAGAACAUGGGCGAAAAAAGAUCCAAGAUUCUGUCAGCACAUUCAUGAUAAACUAUCUGAAUUGGUUCAAUUAGCGAAACAAAGCAAACAAAAAAGUCGAUCGCAUUCAUUUGAAACGAUGAAUCGUGAUAAACGGGCGUUUGUUCACGAAUAUUGCGAACACUUUGGGUGCGAAAGUGCCGCUUAUGACGCCGAACCAAAUCGAAACGUUGUUGCAACAGCUUUUCGAGAUAAAUCCUGGUUGCCGAGUGUGAGCGUUUUGGAGCUUUUGCAAAGGGAAAAUGGACAAAGAAAAGUUCCUGGGCCUAUUUUGAGGAGUACAGUUGCGCCGAAAAAGGAACUGGUUUCUUUGAGGGUUAAUAAUACUCGUUCUGGUGGAAGUGUUAAUUUACAGUCUGGAUCAGCUGGGGAAAUAGUUGAUUGUUAUGAUGAAUAUUAGUAUUUUGAAUAAGAUUUAAUUUUUUUCUGUAUUUGGUAAUUCUGAAUUUUAUGCUAUUAUUGAUUAAUAUUACAUGGAUUAAUUUUUGAUAAGUUGUUUAAAUUUCGUGUUUAUAAGGCAAUUUUUAGAAUUAAACAAACUGUUUUUCUCCAAGA